CUACGGAGUCCGAUAGUAUCACGUCCUCUCAAGACCAGGUGUCCAAAGCUAAUUACUUGGCAGUCUCACGAUAAUUCACAGUUCUCUGGUAACGGAUGAGUUGGUUUAGAGAUAUAUCCAACCAUCACCCGGCGACUUCAUGGUGGGGAUUGUCCGAGCGACUGGAGCCUAAAACGACUUUUCGUCAGAGACGUGGUUGAACAGGAGCAAAGUGACAACUGUUGGCAGUGCAUCAGACUCUCAAGCAAACAUGGCUGGUCUCUUUACCUGGUUAUGGGAUUGGUUGUUGUGGGUAUUUUGGGCGACUGAGAUGGAUGUGACUAUCGUCGGACUACAGAACGCUGGCAAGACCAGUCUAGUGCGUGUACUUGCGGGAAAUGAUUUUGCUAGUGACUCGCUACCUACAGUGGCGUUUAACAAGAAGGAAGUGAAAAAGGGCCAUGUCUCGAUCAAAUGCUGGGAUCUUGGAGGUCAACCUAGAUUUCGUUCCAUGUGGGAGAGAUAUUGCAGAGAUGUCAACGCCAUAGUCUUUGUGGUCGACGCUUCAGAUAAAGACGCUAUUCCCGUGGUCAAGGAGGAACUGCACGCUCUGCUUGACAAGGAAACAUUGGAAGGCAUUCCUUUGUUGAUACUGGGGAACAAGUCGGACUUGGCCAAUAAGCUGACAGUGGAUGAAUUGAUUGACCAGCUCGACCUCAAGACCGUCCUGCACCGAGAAAUCAGCUGUUAUGGAGUCAGUGCCAAAGAAGAGACCAAUCUGGAAGCCGUGCUUCAAUGGUUGGUGGCGAGGUCGGGGAAAUGAUCAAUGGGCGGAUGAAUCUUUUUUGAGACUUGGGUUUAUUGUGUGAUUGAGGUCUCAAGCGACAGAGCCGAGGUUGGCUAUGCGUAUUCACCGCUGUACUAACGCCUGAGUUGCAUAUACUUUUAAUGAUGAUUGCAU